AUGUAUUAAAAACAUUGGUACUUCCAAAUACACUCGGGGGUAGCAUUUGUAUCUCAUUCUUAACAAUUAUAAGUGAGUGCAUACGAUAUCUGGGGAAAAAAACAAUGUAUAUUCAGCCACAGAGGUUUUAUAUUAUAAGCCCCGCAGCCGUUAGCUCAUCUAACCGUUAGUAAACAUAUACACACAUACCCAGAGGACCCAAGGCUUCAGCACGAGCUUGAAUACAGAAUAUUUUUCUUUUUAUAUGUAUUUAUAAUUGUUAGCAGGGGGCUAGUCUUUAGCUCUAUACAGAGUGUUUGAUGCCGAGUAAACCUCUGACGGUUGCAGCCAAGAUUCUUUUCUGUGUAGUAUAGACAGCAAAGAUGAAGGCCAAGAAGAAGAAGAGACAGGAUGACUUCCAGAAGGUCAAGUUAAAGGUGGGAAAGAAGAAGCCCAAAGCUGACAAUGCCACCAACACCAACUUUCACUCAAAGGGAAUCAAUCUAACUGAACAGCUGAAGAGAGACACAAGUGGCCCCACCACCCACAGACAGCUCGGUAUCAAUGACCUCCUGUCUCAGCUCCACCAUUACAACGCCAAUGUGAAGCAUAGUGCCUUGUCGGGUUUGAGAGAGUUGCUGCCCCUUAAUCCCUCCCUGUUAGAGCAGCAUCUCUCUCGUCUGCUUUCUGAAGUGGCAGCUGUUUUCACAGACAAGGAUGGCAAUGUUCGUGUUGCUGCUACACGCGUGCUCAAGUUCAUUGCACAGUCUGUGCCUGCAGAGCGAGUGGCUCCUUUCUUCCCCCUCCUCAGUGCCCAUCUGUCUUGUGCCAUGACCCACAUUGAGACAGGCAUCCAGGAGGAUGCUAUGAAGAUCCUCGAUGUGUUGCUGGAGCACUACCCUUCUCUGCUAGCAGCACGGCCUGCGGUGCUUCUCACCAACUUCCUGGAGUUGAUCUCUCACAGACAAAACAGUGGAGGAGCCAAAAAGGCUCAGGAUGCUAAGGGGCGGACAUGGGCGUUGUCGGUUAACCCUAGCAGGGUUGUGACAAGCCAGCAGUGGCGGCUCUCUGUGCUUCUUAGGCUUGGACGCUUUCUGCAGGCAGUAGUUGAGGAAAGACCAGUCGAGGAAGGUGACAUAUUUGACCCAGCUGAACGAGUGUUUGGCUCCUCUGGAGAGGGCAAGAUUACACCUCUUCAUCUCGUUUGGGAAGAGCUCAUCUACAGCAAGGUUGGCGUUAAGGUGUAUGAGCAUUCUGGGGCUAAACCUACUCCACAGUCCACCUAUAGACUCAGACCAGAUGUGGAUCCGGGACCUGCAGUGGGAGAGGGUCUGGAUUCAGCUGAGGCCGUUAAGAGCUUUGCAGCCACACUGGUGCCUCUUUUGCUCGAAGUGUGGGUAGAAGCCACCACUGGCGACUGUCCCUGGAGCAGCACUGAUAGUGCUCACCUGCUCACCCCAGACGCCAUGUCAGUAAUGUUCCAGGUGUUGUCUAUUCUGCAGCUGCUGAGAAAACUGGCACCGCAGCAGGAACACCGGGAUGCACUGGAUGCGUGGUUCUAUAAAGAAUACCUUGGAGAUUUCAAGCAGCACUUCAUGAAAAACUUUCCUUAUGGAACUCGGGACACACCGAAACAUAAAAAGAAGGUUGAUCUUAAAAGGAGUAAGCAGACCACAGCUGUCCCAGGACAGACAGUCGAGCCUCUGGCCCUGAACAUCACACUAUGUCAGGUCAUGGUGUCCCUCAGCCAGAGGCAAGGACUAGGCAGAGAGACAGAUGGAGACUGGCUGGCGCCUCUGAGGACAUUUGUCCAAGACACUCUGGGCAGUGGAGGGAAACUGAGCUACAGGCAGCUCCACAUGCUGCUUGGUACAGUGUGGAAGAUGGUGUUCACUCAGAGGAGCAAAACAGUGACCGAGGACCUGCUGGCAGCUGUGCAUGUCUACUAUAGGCAGAUGCACCUGACACUACAGACACGUUCUCUGCUGCUGUCUUUCUAUAGCAAGCUCUACCUGCAGGAGCAGGGACAGACACACAUAGCAAGGAGUAAGGUGCUAUGUCGUUGGCUGGCAGCUCUUCCUUUGCAGUUGUCCCAGCUGGGCCACCGUAACCCUGCCCUGUCUGCACAACUCAUCCUGUCCAUCCAGGCUGCUGCUUCUCGAGGACACAAAGACCUGCUGAACAGUCUGCAGACACAUGCCUGCAGGCUCUACGAUCCGGAGGAAGGAGUUGUGGUGCUGCUCCCCGCAGAGUCUCAGCAACGAAUGGUGCAGCUGCUCUACUUCCUUCCCAAGAUGUCUCAGCCCCUUCUGGCCAAUCUGAGCUCCUGCUGCACGGCCGGACGAAUCUCAGCUGGCCUCGCUGCCUCUCUGAUUCGUAUCGUACACCUUAGGUCAUCUCUGAGUAACUGGUCAGUCGGGAGCCAGGAAGCAGCUCUGCAAGACAUCGACUACAUCAGCUUCCUGUUCUCCACCCUGACGGGCUUCUCAUCCGACAAGCUCGCUACCCUGCAGGACGCCGACGAGGAGAGCGUUCUGCCUCCCUCCCCUCUCUCACCCCUCAGUCUGUAUCCUACCCCGCUGGAGCAGUUCACACACCACUGGGAUGUUGUUGAGGAGGUCUGCCACUGUCUGGAAACUCUUGGUUCCAAGUCUCAGUGCUUUGACAUUCUGCAAAAUGGCAUCUGCCAAUACCUGACUAAGUUAGGGGUUGUUCCCGACAGUAUGGCGGCAGGGCUUCUCAGAGCUGUAGCCAGAUUAUUGGAUCUAUCAGUCCUGCCGAUAGAGCCCGUGGUGCGCUUCUUGUCUCAGUGCUGCCUCAGCCUGCUGGCUCUGCUCAUCACUCUGCAGCAGGAGUUACCUUCUGAAACCAACCACAAAAGGGAGGCAAUAUGGGGCGCUUGUGUGUCAGCGCUGAGCACCGUUCCUCGCCUGCUGCGAAUGGUCCUGCAGUUGAUGCGUGUUGGAGACGUGAACGAGGAAGAACUGCCCCAGCUCGGACAGAUCCUGACGAUGCUGCUGCAGCAUGCGCCGCUCCACAGUCAGCUGCUGGCCAACGCCGCUCUGCUCCAAGAGAUCAUUCAAAACCUCACGAGAUACUCCCGUGGUCCAACCAGGGAACAGUGGUUGACAGACUUGCUCUACUAUUACAGCGUCACUGUGGCUCACAGCUCUUCUGCCCGUCGGGGAAACAUGGGCCUUCGAGACAUCUACUGACCGACGCACCCACCAGACCUACCUGGUGUGUUCAAACAUUUUACAGCCUCUUUUACAAACCAAACACUCACAGAGCUCUGUAGGCACAAGCACAUACAACAGAACUUUCAGACAGGAAUACAGUGAAGAAGUCUUUUUUUUUUUUUAUUCUGUGUGGCAAAGAAUACUCCACAUUCUUCUCAGAGCUCAAUUUUUUCUGUAUCUUAAGAUGCCUCUUUAUUGCUUUGUCCUUGGCCAGGUAAUUAUUUUGUCUGAGUUUUGUUGUUGUUGCUGAACGUUGUCCAGUGCUUUCUGGGGACACCUGCCAAUUUUUGAUAAAAACAAAAAAGCAAAAAAAAAAAGGCAAAAUAAAGUUAAAUCCAAGCUGC